AUGUCGACCCCGAGAACGCGCCGAGAAUCGGGUACUAGAUUGAAUACCCCAUCCGGCGAGCCGACGUUGACGGGGCUUCAACGACUUCCUAGCCAUACACUCUAUCCACUCACACCGAGCCGCCUCAUCACGGACGCAACUCCCUCACGCCAACGCUCAGCUUCUCGAUUUACGCCUCGCUUUACGCCUCGAGCGCGAGGUGCAGGGGCGCCAGCUACACCGUAUGGACUCCGUGCACGCCAGCAGCGAGCUGCCAAUACACCGGCUCGCGAGCGGCGCAAGAGCGGGCGCGCGCAGCGAGAAACGACGUUCGAUAUCUUGAGAAAUCUGGGCAGAGCACUUGCUCCUGUUUCGAAACCAAUCCAGUCGUCUCCGCAAGAGGAGCCUCAGCCUGUGGAAGAAUCAGUAGAUGAAAUCGACGAGCUUGACAAUGAGCCAGAGAUUGAGAGGCCGAGGCUUUCACUGCCAUUCCAGGGAGCUGAUGAUGCGAGCGACGAAACGAGUCCAAAGUCCCCGCCGCGACUGUCUUUGCAGUUUAAUGAAGAGGAUUUAACGGUUGAGUAUCCGCGCCGGGCUCUGCCUGACCGCGAUAGGGAAAGGUUGUCAAUGCUCAGCCCUGGUGUUGGAAGAAUUAGUGAUUUUGGGGGCACUCAGAUCCAAAGUGACUCUGAUGGUGGAGACGAAACGGGCGUCAUUAGUGAACGCGCUGCAGACGAAACCCUGAUCAGUGGAGGUGAUUUUGAUAGGGGUGGUGAGACGGAAGACCUGGGACGAUUCAAUUUCGAUUUCAACUUUCCAUCUCCAGUUGCAGCAACUUUUGAUGACCCUAUGGACGAUGAACAAUUUGGCGAAACAGAAGGGUUUGAACUGUCCGCAGGAAAUCUCGAACCGGCACCGCGAUCACCAUCUUCUGACGAUGAUGAUGCUGGUGGUGACUUUGGAUUUGGUCUCAGAACUAGCCGUUCCGCCGUCUGCCAGUCCGAGCCCGGGGAAAAGAAGCUCUCUCGAUAUGGUAUUCCAGUACCCAACUUGCCAGCGGGGGUAGUCAAGAAGAUGGCAACUCGCUUUGCACGUACCGGAGCAGGGUCGAAGGCCAAGCUCAACAAGGCUGCGAUGGCUGCCAUCGAACAGGCUUCUUCAUGGUUCUUCGAACAAGCCAGCAAUGACCUGGCUGCAUACUCAAAGCAUGCCGGGCGGAAGACCAUUGACGAAAGUGAUGUCACCACGCUAAUGAGAAGGCAACGACAAACUAACAAUACGGUUACUGUAUUUUCCUUAGCCCAGAAAUAUUUACCGAAAGAGCUUCAGCAAGAUAUGAGAUUGGCUAUGCCUCCAUGA